AAGCGGGAAGCGGCUCGUGACAGGCCUUGAUUCUCUUAAAGAAAAAAAAUGUGCUUAAUUUGCAAGUUCGGUAAGGAGAAUUUUGAUGGGUUUGUACUGAGUAUUGGUAGUGGAGAUAAAGUAUUUUUUAAGAGGAUUACAGGAUAACUUACUGUUAGGUUCAAGAUGACUGACACACAAAGAAGUAAAUAUCAGAUGCAAUGCUCAGGUUCUCUCUUUGAACAGUGAAGUACAUGAUACCCCGUUGGCUACGAAUUGCUAUGAUGGAAGUCAAAGAGAAGAAAAAAUUCACAGGAAAGAGUCCAAAAACAGCACAAGGAAAGACUAGAUUUCAUAAAAACAGUGAGUCUAGUUCUUCAAAAACAUUCCCAAGGAAAGUUGUUAAGGAAGGUGGGCCUCGAGUUGCAUCUAAGAACUUUGAGAAAGGUGCCACAAAACCUGGCAAAAAGGGUGUGAAGCAGUUCAAGAACAAGCCACCAGGGGGCAAAGGACCGAAGGACAAAUUCCAGACGCCAAAUAAAUUCAACAAGAAGAGGAAAUUCCAGCCAGAUAGUAAAAGUGAUGAAUCAGCAGCCAAGAAACCCAAAUGGGACGACUUCAAAAAGCAGAAGAAGGAGCUGAAGCAGAGCAGGCAGCUCAGUGAUAGGACCGACUAUGACAUCGUGGUUCGGGCAAAGCACAUUUGGGAGAGCUUGAGAAGAAAAGACUGCGAUAAAGAAAAAAGAGUGAAGCUGAUGAGUGAUUUGCAGAAGUUGAUUCAAGGGAAAAUUAAAACUAUUGCCUUUGCCCACGACUCAACACGUGUGAUCCAAUGCUUCAUUCAGUAUGGGAAUGAAGAGCAGAGGAGGCAGGCCUUUGAAGAACUGCAAGGUGACCUGGUUGAACUAAGUAAAGCCAAAUAUUCGAGGAAUAUUGUCAAGAAAUUUCUCAUGUAUGGAAGUAAACCGCAGAUAGCAGAGAUCAUCCGAAGCUUCAAAGGUCACGUGAGGAAGAUGCUGAGGCACUCCGAGGCGUCAGCCAUCGUGGAGUAUGCGUACAAUGACAAAGCCAUUUUGGAACAGAGGAACAUGCUGACAGAGGAGCUCUAUGGGAACACGUUUCAGCUUUACAAGUCCGCAGAUCACCCCACUCUGGACAAAGUGCUGGAGGUGCAACCAGGAAAACUAGAGCUUAUUAUGGAUGAAAUGAAGCAGAUUCUGACUCCGAUGGCCCAGAAGGAAGCUGUGAUUAAGCACUCGCUGGUUCAUAAAGUAUUCUUGGACUUUUUUACCUAUGCACCCCCAAAACUUCGAUCAGAAUUAAUUGAAGCCAUCCGGGAAGCAGUGGUAUACCUGGCCCACACACACGAUGGCGCCAGAGUGGCCAUGCACUGCUUGUGGCAUGGUACCCCCAAGGACAGGAAAGUGAUCGUGAAAACAAUGAAGACAUACGUUGAAAAGGUGGCCAAUGGCCAAUACUCUCACUUGGUUUUGCUGGCAGCGUUUGACUGUAUUGAUGACACUAAGCUUGUGAAGCAGAUAAUCAUAUCAGAAAUCAUCAGCUCCUUACCCAGCAUAGUGAAUGACAAAUAUGGGAGGAAAGUCCUGUUGUACUUGCUAAGUCCCAGAGAUCCUGCCCACACCGUACGAGAAAUCAUCGAGCUCCUGCAGAAGGGUGAUGGCAAUGCACACAGUAAGAAAGACACCGCCAUCCGCCGGCGUGAGCUCUUGGAAUCCAUCUCUCCAGCUUUGCUAAACCACCUGCAAGGACAUGCUCGAGAGGUGGUGCUGGACAAGUCUGCAUGUGUGUUGGUGUCCGACAUCCUGGGAUCUGCUACUGGAGACGUUCAGCCUGCCAUGGAUGCCAUCGCCAGUUUGGCCGCAGCAGAACUGCAUCCUGGUGGCAAGGACGGAGAGCUUCAUGUUGCCGAGCAUCCUGCAGGACAUCUGGUUCUCAAAUGGUUAAUAGAGCAAGAUAAAAAGAUGAAAGAAAAUGGAAGAGAAGGUUGUUUUGCAAAAACCCUUAUAGAGCAUGUUGGCAUGAAGAACCUCAAGUCCUGGGCCAGCAUCAAUCGGGGUGCCAUUAUUCUUUCCAGCCUUCUUCAGAGCUGUGACCAGGAAGUUGUAAACACAGUCAAAGCUGGACUGAAAAGCCUGAUUCCGACAUUGGAAAAAACCAAAAGCACCAGCAGAGGAGUCGAAACUCUACUGGAAAAGCUGACUGCCUAGGCAUGCAGGAUGAGCAAGCUGGAACCUGCUGCUUCCCGUGGAGAUGAAGGGCGGAUCCACCGUACUCAUAACUGGACACUCUAUACAUGUAGCCUUUGUUCAAGGACCUAUUUAUAUAAAAUGGUUUCUAAAAGAGA